AUGGCUUUACCCACAGCUACAGUGAAUGUAACACCAGAUGGUCCUGUGUUCACUGGAGAGACAGUCACUCUGAAGUGUGAGAUAGAGGAUCAGAACAGUAACUGGACAUAUCAGUGGUAUAAACGCAGUACUGAAGUGUUUAACUCUGAAAAUUACACUGUAAACGGAGACUAUCUCACUAUUAAUGGAGUUACUGAAUCUGAUCAGGAUGAGUUCAACUGUAGUGCAGUGAUAUUCGGACGACCACAAACUUCACUAUCAAGCUCUGCUGUUAAUCUCACUGUGAAUGCUUUACCCAAUGCUACAGUGAGAGUAACACCAGACAGAUCUGUGUUCACUGGAGAGACAGUCACUCUGAAGUGUGAGAUAGAGGAUCAGUACAGAUCAUUAAACUGGACAUAUCAGUGGUAUAAACGCAGUACUGAAGUGUUUAACUCUGAGAAUUACACUGUAAAUGAAGACUAUCUCACUAUCACUGGAGUUACUGAAUCUGAUCAGGAUGAGUUCAGCUGUACUGCAGUGGUACAUGGACGACAGACUUCACUAACAAGCUCUGCUGUUAAUCUCACUGUGAAGGCUUUACCCAAUGCUACAGUGAGAGUAACACCAGACAGAUCUGUGUUCACUGGAGAGACAGUCACUCUGAAGUGUGAGAUAGAGAAUCAGUACAGAUCAUUAAACUGGACAUAUCAGUGGUAUAAACGCAGUACUGAAGUGUUUAACUCUGAAAAUUACACUGUAAACGGAGACUAUCUCACUAUUAAUGGAGUUACUGAAUCUGAUCAGGAUGAGUUCAACUGUAGUGCAGUGAUAUUCGGACGACCACAGACUUCACUAUCAAGCUCUGCUGUUAAUCUCACUGUGAAUGCUUUACCCAAUGCUACAGUGAGAGUAACACCAGACAGAUCUGUGUUCACUGGAGAGACAGUCACUCUGAAGUGUGAGAUAGAGGAUCAGUACAGAUCAUUAAACUGGAGAUAUCAGUGGUAUAAACGCAGUACUGAAGUGUUUAACUCUGAAAAUUACACUGUAAACGGAGACUAUCUCACUAUUAAUGGAGUUACUGAAUCUGAUCAGGAUGAGUUCAACUGUAGUGCAGUGAUAUUCGGACGACCACAGACUUCACUAUCAAGCUCUGCGGUUAAUCUCACUGUGAAUGCUUUACCCAGAGCUACAGUGAAUGUAACACCAGACAGAUCUGUGUUCACUGGAGAGACAGUCACUCUGAAGUGUGAGAUAGAGGAUCAGUACAGAUCAUUAAACUGGAGAUAUCUGUGGUAUAAAGGCAGAACUGAAGUGUUUAACUCUGGGCGUUACACUGUAAACAGAGACUCUCUCACUAUCAAUGGAGUUACUGAAUCUGAUCAGAAUGAGUUCAGCUGUAGUGCAGUGAUACACGGACGACAAACUUCACAAUCAAACUCUUCUGUUUAUCUCAAUGUGAAUGCUUUACCCAGAGCUACAGUAAGGGUAACACCAGACAGAUCUGUGUUCACUGGAGAGACAGUCACUCUGAAGUGUGAGAUAGAGGAUCAGUACAGAUCAUUAAACUGGACAUAUCUGUGGUAUAAACGUGGCACUGAAGUGUUUAACUCUGGGCGUUACACUGUAUACAGAGACUCUCUCACUAUCAAUGGAGUUUCUGAAUCUGAUCAGGAUGAGUUCAGCUGUAGAGCAGAGAUACACGGACGAACACAGACUUCACCAUCAAGCUCUACUGUUCAUCUCACUGUGAAGGCUUUACCCACAGUUACAGUGAGAGUACCACCAGACAGAUCUGUGUUCACUGGAGAGACAGUCACUCUGACGUGUGAGAUAGAGGAUCAGUACAGAUCAUUAAACUGGACAUAUCUGUGGACUUACAGACGUACUUCAGUGUUUAACUCUGGGCGUUACACUAUAAACAGAGACUCUCUCACUAUCACUGGAGUUACUGAAUCUGAUCAGGAUGAGUUCAGGUGUAGUGCAGAGAUACACGGACGACCACAGACUUCACCAUCAAGCUCUUCUGUUUAUCUCACUGUGAAGACUUUACCCAGAGCUACAGUGAGAGUAACACCAGACAGAUCUGUGUUCACUGGAGAGACAGUCACUCUGAAGUGUGAGAUAGAGGAUCAGUACAGAUCAUUAAACUGGAGAUAUCAGUGGUAUAAAGACACAACUGAAGCGUUUAGCUCUGGGCGUUACACUGUAAACAGAGACUCUCUCACUAUUAAUGGAGUUACUGAAUCUGAUCAGGAUGAGUUCAACUGUAGUGCAGACAUACACGGACGACCACAAACUUCAUUAUUAAGCUUUGCUGUUUAUCUCACUGUGAAGGCUUUACCCAUAGCUACAUUGAGUGUAACACCAGACAGAUCUGUGUUCACUGGAGAGACAGUCACUCUGAAGUGUGAGAUAGAGGAUCAGUACAGAUCAUUAAACUGGAGAUAUCAGUGGUAUAAAGACACAACUAAAGUGUUUAAUUCUGGGCGUUACACUGUAAACAGAGACUCUCUCACUAUCAAUGGAGUUACUGAAUCUGAUCAGAAUGAGUUCAGCUGUAGUGCAGUGAUACACGGACGACCACAGACUUCACUAUCAAGCUCUGUUCUUUAUCUCACUGUAAAAGGAUCAAAACCAAAACCUACACUCACAUCAGGUACUGAAGGAUCUGUACUGACAGGUAACACAGUGACUCUGAAGUGUCACAUUGAUCAGUCUACUGGAUGGAAGUUUUACUGGCACAAACACACACAAAACACUGAGACGACAACAACAACAACAGAAACAAACUCUUACACAAUCCAUAGUGUUUCAGAUGGAGGUCAGUACUGGUGUAGAGCUGGAAGAGGAAAACCAGACUAUUACACAGACUACAGUGAUGUACUGUGGAUAAAUGUUAAAGAGAGCCCUAAACCUGUAGUGAGUUUUGAUCCUGACACACAGCUGUUCAGAGGAGAAACUGUUACUCUGAGAUGUGACAUAAAUGGUACAGGAGACACUGAGUGGACAUACAGCUGGACUGUAGAACCGUAUAACCAGUAUAGACGGUUCUACUGUGACAGACAAGAGUGUAAAAUCAGCAACACUCAAUACUAUCACAGUGGUAAAUACACCUGCAAAGGAAAAAUACGUGCACAAAACACUAAAAUGAGUGAUGCUGUUACACUGACUGUAUCAUCAGAUAAACCACAGACAGUUUUAAGUGUUUCUCCACAGCAGUGGUUGACUGAAGGAGAUUCAGUGACUCUGAUGUGUAAGGUUGUUAAAUCAUCUACAGGCUGGACAUUCAGCUGGUUCACUGUAAAGAGUCUUCACUCAGUGAAUAAAGAUUUUGAUUAUGAGCUGGUGUCAGACAGCAUUCGAGGAUCUAAUGGCAACUACACAGUGAGUUCAGUGACUGUGAAGCACACAGGAGUUUAUAUGUGCAGAGCAAAGAGAGGAGAUCCAGUCUAUCACACAGAGUACAGUAACACACAAACACUGUGGAUCACUGGUGUUUCUCCUUCAGUCUCUCUGAUCAUCAGACCCAACAGAUCUCAACACUUCUCAUCUGAAUCUCUCUCUCUGAGCUGUGAGGAUCACAGUAACUCUACUGGAUGGACAGUCAGAAGAUACACAGACACAUUGGGAACUUGUUCAUCAUCAAGCGGGAGAUCUACAGGAACAACAUCUACAUGUACAAUCAGAUCGCUCAUCACAUCUGAUACUGGAGUGUACUGGUGUCAGUCUGAAUCUGGAGAGAAACUUCAUCCAGUUAAUAUCUCAGUACACAGUGAGUUUAUAAUUCUGCUUUUUUAG